AUGUCACGUCCCGAACUUUUACCACCGGUACACUACACUACAGCCAAAAUAUUUUUAGCUGUCGACUUUUUCAAUCGAAUAAAUUUACUCUAUGGAAUAUUGGCUGAUAGUUGUACAGUAGAAUCGUGCCCAACAAUGUGUGGAGGAGCAAAAUACGAGUAUUUGUGGCAGGAUGGAGUUGAAUACAAAAAACCGACAAGGCUGCCUGCUAAAGUAUUCGGACACGAAUUUUUUUCGUAUUUUUUUAUUUUUAAGGAUUACAUGCACAAAUUAAUGGAUUGGAUUGAAGAGCGUAUAAAUAAUGAGAAAAUUUUCCCUUCUACUACUGAUGUUCCCUUUCCCAAUGAUUUUCGACAAACUUGCAAGAAAAUAUUGUCAAGACUUUUCCGGAUAUUUGUUCACAUUUAUAUUCAUCACUUUGAAAAGCUUGUUCAGAUUGGAGCGGAACCACACGCCAACAUGCUUUACAAACAUUAUUAUUAUUUUGUUACUGAAUUUUCACUGGUUACUCAACGAGAAUUGGAUGCUUUGAAAGACCUGACUGCAAGAUUAAUUACAAAUACGGCCAAUUCACAACAACAACAGAGUGCUACAAAAAAUUAA